AUGUUUAAUGCCGUCUACAGCUUCCCUAUUUUAUACCACACUGGCAUACAGGAUGUGAGACAAGCGGAACCAGCUGAGGUCUGCGCAAGACGCCUCCGCCACCUUAUCUACAGCGUUAUCUUUAACCUCGAAAAAGGCGAUAGGCGAAACCUGCAUGGAGUCCGGGGCCCCGCCGCACGGCCCCAGGACUCAAAGGAGCCUCUGACGACGACAGCCUCCUCAUCCAUCAUCCUCGCAACUCUAGCAUUCAGUGUUGCCGCGUUCGCACUGCAUGAGACACUACAAACGCAACUGUUAUCCCAGGACGUCCUUCUGGCUGACUGUAUUGCGCAACAUCUUGGACGCAUGGACUGUCCAGAGGCCGCCGAGGCUUCUCUUAACUUUGACUACCUUCACACCUACGCCCAGCUACAAAUAACUUAUUCGACGCUUAUUACGCUAGGUGCAGUUCUCACCACCACAAUGGCCUCAAUGGAACCUGUUGAUUUUGGUUCACUUGACCAGGUCAUGCUCUGCUUUCCUUCUGGGCGCCUAGCACACAGACUGGCAGUUCGAUUGAGCCUGCUGCCACAGGGUGAACGACAGAAGGAGGUCUGUGAAGUCAUCUUUCCUCGUUUGGUUGAGGAAGGCAGAAGAGACACGACGUCCCCCUGUCUGACACAGAACGCUCUCAGCCAGCUGACAGCUAAUUACGCGCGAAUUAUCGCGUUUGUGGAUAGGUUGCUGGAGGGUCGGAGGUAA